CACCCGCCUCCUCUCCCCUCUCCGCGAAGCUUCCCUCCCGAUUCUGUCGUUUCCCUCCACUCGCCGCGGCGCGCCGGAGAGCGGACACGCUGCAAGCACGUAGCGGGGGCGGCAAUGGAGGAGAGAGUUAUCAUCCCCCGGCUAAGAGAACCGCGGGACCAGGCCACCGAUGUAGCCCCGGCGGUUUCGUGUUCGUCGAGGGAGGAGUCCACGGACGGGGACUCGGAGCCCGGCUUCGAGUUCGAGUUCCCGUCGCUGCUCGGCAGGGACCACGGCUCCCCCGCGCCCGCCGACGACCUCUUCGCCGACGGCCGCAUCCGCCCCGCCGCCUUCUACCCCGUAUUCGGACGCCGCCCAUCAGCGCGAGCAAGUUCAGCGGGAGACGUCGACGGCCUCGCCCCGGCCGCGGCGCCGGAGCGGAGGACGAGGGGCCAGCUCGGGCGGCUUUUCCUCGAGGAGACCCGCGCGUGGAACAGCUCCUCGUCAAGCAGUAGUACCGGGUCGACGGCGUCCACGUCGUCGUCCGCGGCCACCACUGACGACGGGGACGGCGACGGUGGCCUCGAGGGCGCGGCGCCGGAGAGCUACUGCGUGUGGGCGCCCGGCGGCGGGGGCAAGCCAUCGGAGUCCCCACGGCUGCCGCGGGCCGGGAAGAGCGGGUCCACGGGGUCGUCCGUGGCGCGGUGGCGCCGCAUCAGCGACCUCGUCGUCGGCCGCAGCCAGAGCGACGGCAAGGAGAAGUUCCUCUUCCUCCCCGUCAACCCGCCGACGCCGCCGCCCAAACUGCAGGAGCCCAAGCCCAAACCCAGGCCGAACCCGGCAGCCGGCGGCACCAAGAAGAAGGUCAGCGAGAUCGGAACGGUGGCCGCCGCCCACCGGAUGGCCUACGGCGCCAAGGCCGGCGUUGGCGUCGCCGCCAACGGCGCCACGCCGCGGCGCACGUUCCUGCCGUACCGCGAGGAGCUGGUGGGGUUCUUCGCCAACGUGAACGGCAUCAGCCGGAGCCACGCGCACCCCUACUGAUCAACGACCGACCACGACGACGCCGGCGAUCGGCCGCGCGCGCUCCACAAAAAUUAUCAAGUCGGCGAUUCGAAUUCGAUUCGUGUUUGAACUUUGAAGCUUGGAUUUUGAGCUGGUGAUCAUCAGUGGGUAGGUAGUACUGUAUUGUGAUUAAUCAAUUGAUUAGUUAGUUAA